AUAAAUGCUAAGAGGGCAGUUGGACGCCAGGCUGAGCUCUGCUCAUGUCCUCACUGCCACAGGCUCCUGGCUGCUUUCUGCCUGCGGGCUCGCCCACGGCUCUGGGGCCGGGGAGCAUCACGACCUGCCCUCGCCCGGUGCUUUCUCUCUCCCGCCCUGCCCCACUCCUACCCUGGCUGAGGCCCCACACGGAAAGCUAGUAGCGCCGCCAUGCACACGCCUGCCGGGGGGGCAGCCCUGAUUGAGGCCCUGCCCCCCGAGGGCGGAACGGCGCUGCAGGUAUAUAGAGUUCUGAAGAAGACACCAUUCACAUUGCCAAUGAGUGAGGCAUUCACAUUACAGAGCAAACAGGAGGAGAAAGACUCGGAAGGUGAAGAGGAUGACAUGACAUGUGGAGACUUGGGAAAUGGACUUGGUAGAAGACCUGGUGGUGUCUAUGAAAUGGAAGGUUUAAAUGUGCACACAUUUAGAUCUAGGAAAGGGUCUGAUAAGAUCUUCAACCCGCUUCUGCUAAAGAAAGGGGAAGAAAGUGAUGCUGCAAUUUUUCACUGUUCAAAAUGCAAUGGUUUGUAUGAUGUGUCAUCCAAAAAGCUUGGAAUAAGUGGUAUUACUAGAUGCAGCCGACAAAAUAGUUCUGAGUCUAAUUCUGAAGUGUCAAAUGAAGAAUUAAGGCAACAACUUCGGGAGGCUAUAGAGGAGGUAGAGAUUUUAAAAGUAGAGCUUGAAGCAUCGCAGAGACAACUUGAAGGAAAAGAAGAAGCACUUAAAAUUCUGCAAAAUAUGACAGUGUUUAAUAAAGCCACUAGUCAUACAAAAGCAAUGCUUCAAAAAACUGAGGAACAAAAGAGAGCUUUAGAAAAGGAAAUAAAUGCUUUGCAAUGGGAAAUUGAAUUUGAUCAGGAAAGAUUUAAAAACAUAGAAGAGACAUUGUCAGAAAAAUGUGACAGGAUAUAUUGUGAAAAUGCAGCCCUUAAGGAAACAUUGAAACUCAGAACAGAUGAAGUCAGAGCUCUUAAAUCUGAAAAUGCAAUUUUGAAUCAACAGCGCUUGGAAUUUCUUGCAAUGCUUGAUGUAAAACAACAGAAAAUAAUUCAGGAAAAUAUGUCCAUUAAUAAAAGUGGCUUUACAGAAAUUACAGGUCUUGAACUGGCGAUUCUUGGAGCCUGCACCUGUAAUGCUCCUGGAGGAGAGCCCUGUUCCUGUGCUAAAAUGUCAGCUGCAACUCGAAAGCAACUCCUUCAGCUCAGACAAGAGUGUGAAGCUCUGAAGAAGAGUAAAGAAGAAGCGUAUAUAAUGGCAGAUGCCUUCAGAAUUGCGUUUGAGCAGCAGUUAAUGCAGAGGAAGGACCAGGCUUUGAGGCUCACACAAGUGAACAAGAUCUGUAAAAAAGAAACAAAACUUAUAAACUGGAAACGCCUGAAAGAGGAUGGACUUAUGUUGCAAGGGAACAAGAAAAAUCUGGGACAAAAGUUGACGGGCAUGCUUAUUUCUGAUGCUGACGGUAGGAAAAUGGAAGAAUUGGAUAAUCCUCAUGAAAUUCUUAGGAUGCUAAUAGAUUUGUUGAAUGAUAAAGAAGAGGCUUUGGCUCAUCAAAGAAAGGUUAGUUAUAUGCUGGCUCGUACAAUGGAGGAAAAAGAAGAUGCAUCAAAGCAGAGUAACGAAAACAAUCUUUCAGGAGAGAACAUUAUUCUGAAGAACCAUCAGUGUACAGCUUCAGAAUCUCAAGAGUCAACUGAUCCUGAAUAUUCAUGUUGCCAAAAUCUUGGCUCUCAGGACAACACUUGCUCAAUUCUCAACACGAAAAUAUAUCAAAAAUCAGCAAGACCACUUAAAAAAUCACAUUCCUGGCCAUCCAGGAAUUGUAAAGAAAAUUAUGUGCAAGGUAUAGCUGAAACUACAGAUAUGAAUUGUACAUAUCAAGAGCACUCAGAAUUAAAUAAUAACUUGUGAUAGUGCCAAGGCACAAGUAAGCCUUGCAGACCACGUCCUAGGCAUCCCUAAAUUUAAACUCUAAUUCUGUAAUAAAAUUCCAGGAAUAUCUGGUUUAUGAACUACUUUUCUAAAGAACAUAGUUCAAUACUCAGGUUAAAAAUGUUAAAAUACUUAUUUUUUUUAAUUAUGUUGUACUGUAAAAGCCUUUUAAGACUUUAUAAACUGUCUGUUUACUGUCUGCUUCUGUGUGUGCCU